AUGUUGUUUGUUCCAGGCCCUGGUCUGCGUCCCCUGGCGUUGCCGUGUCCUUACCCGGGUGCGUUUGGCAUGGUGCCCCACCCAAGCCUCAACGGGCUGAACGGCGACCUGGGCGGAGCCAGCGCCUACGCCUCCCUACACAACCUGUCUCCUCAGAUGACUGCAGCUGCUGCCGCUGCAGUCGCGGCCUACGGACGAUCACAAGUGGUUGGUUUUGACCCCCACCACCACAUGAGGGUCUCUGGUCUUCCUCCCAACCUCUCUGGCGGAAAACCAGCCUAUUCCUUCCACGUGAGCGCUGAGGGCCAGAUGCAGCCGGUGCCGUUCCCUCCGGACGCCCUGAUAGGCCCGGGGAUCCCACGUCACGCCCGUCAGAUCAACACGCUGAGCCACGGCGAGGUGGUAUGUGCCGUCACCAUCUCCAACCCAACCAGACACGUCUACACGGGAGGGAAGGGCUGUGUCAAGAUCUGGGACAUCAGCCAGCCGGGCAGCAAGAGCCCUGUGUCACAACUAGACUGUCUGAACAGAGACAACUAUAUCCGUUCAUGCCGGCUGCUGCAUGACGGGCGGACUCUUAUCAUAGGGGGUGAGGCCUCCACACUUUCAAUUUGGGACCUAGCCUCACCCACCCCGCGUAUCAAGGCAGAGCUAACGUCUUCCGCCCCGGCCUGCUACGCCCUCGCCAUCUCCCCCGACGCCAAGGUCUGCUUCUCCUGCUGCAGCGACGGGAACAUUGCCGUCUGGGACCUCCACAACCAGACACUGGUCAGGCAGUUCCAAGGCCAUACGGACGGGGCUAGCUGUAUAGAUAUCUCUCACGACGGGACCAAGCUGUGGACAGGAGGUCUGGACAACACGGUACGUUCCUGGGACCUGAGGGAGGGACGGCAACUACGUCAGCACGACUUCACCUCACAGAUCUUCUCUCUGGGAUACUGUCCUACAGGGGAGUGGUUAGCUGUAGGGAUGGAGAACAGUAAUGUAGAGGUGCUCCACGUCACCAAGCCUGAGAAAUACCAGCUACAUCUCCAUGACAGCUGUGUCCUCUCCCUCAGGUUCGCUCACUGUGGUAAAUGGUUUGUGAGUACCGGGAAAGACAACCUGCUGAACACAUGGCGAACACCUUAUGGAGCCAGCAUAUUCCAGUCUAAGGAGUCAUCCUCAGUGCUAAGCUGUGACAUCUCUGGGGAUGACAAGUACAUUGUGACUGGCUCUGGAGACAAGAAGGCCACCGUCUAUGAGGUCAUCUACUAGACCUUGACCCCUGACAUUGACUUGUCACCCGACCAAAAAAUGAGCCUGUCCGACGGGACUUUGUCUGUCCUGUGAUGUGGUUUUGCCUGAAAACUGACAACUUCCUAAUAUGGAUUCCGUACACCAUCCUCUCCCCCCCAGUGCUCCCACCCCAGAACUGAUAUGGAUUCCGUACUGCACCCCUCACCCCUGACCUGGCUGUGGACCAAUCAAAAUGCCUGAACAGAACAGAACCAAACAGUGGAAACUUCUCUUCUUCUUCUGACUGUUUUGUUUUCUAUCGAACCAAUGACUUUUCUAACACUUGUUUCCAUGAAGACGAAUGAAGCCUCAUCUAGGAGUCCAGAUGGAGGGGACAUUCUGGAAUGAUAAAAUAUAACAAAACGCCAAAAUAUCGUCCCUUGUAUCACACCAGGACAUUAUAUAUUACAUUUCCUGAUGCCUUUCUCAGCAUCCGGGGAAACUGCUGGUUGUAAACAAGGCUGCAUGGUAUUUCUCUUAAUGUGACUCCAUGCGGCCACUGGCAACAUCCCGUAUAGGUAUUGCCUGGAAACGCUUGUGGAUUUGAUAGCUCUGACGCAACACCUCCUGACACGGCUGAUUGAAUCGGGUCCUGAAAUGCCUUUCAAAUGAGCGGUUGGACUAGUAGUGUCACAUUACCUAAGCCAGGACCAUUGAGGCAGCUUGUAAACGUUCAGAAAAUGCCUUGAAAUGACUUGUUCUGUUUUCCUCAGUUCACACUGAAAGACUUUUUAAGGCUUGGUGUUUAAUCCCAUUCUCAACUCUAACAUUCAGAUAGGACUGUUGAUUUAAACACGGUUAGCUGAUGACCUUAUUGACCUGAGCAAGACAGUUAGCUGAUGACCUUAUUGACCUGAGAAAGACAGUUAGCCGAUGACCUUAUUGACCUGAGAAAGACAGUUAGCUGAUGACCUUAUUGACCUGAGAAAGACAGUUAGCUGAUGACCUUAUUGACCUGAGAAAGACAGUUAGCUGAUGACCUUAUUGACCUGAGAAAGACAGUUAGCUGAUGACCUUAUUGACCUGAGAAAGACAGUUAGCUGAUGACCUUAUUGACCUCAGAAAGACAGUUAGCUGAUGACCUUAUUGACCUGGGUAAAGACAGUUAGCUGAUGACCUUAUUGACCUGAGAAAGACAGUUAGCCGAUGACCUUAUUGACCUGAGAAAGGCAGUUAGCCGAUGACCUUAUUGACCUGAGAAAGACAGUUAGCCGAUGACCUUAUUGACCUGAGAAAGACAGUUAGCCGAUGACCUUAUUGACCUGAGAAAGGCAGUUAGCCGAUGACCUUAUUGACCUGAGAAAGACAGUUAGCCGAUGACCUUAUUGACCUGAGAAAGGCAGUUAGCCGAUGACCUUAUUGACCUGAGAAAGGCAGUUAGCCGAUGACCUUAUUGACCUGAGAAAGACAGUUAGCCGAUGAACUUAUUGACCUGAGAAAGGCAGUUAGCCGAUGACCUUAUUGACCUGAGAAAGGCAGUUAGCCGAUGACCUUAUUGACCUGAGAAAGACAGUUAGCCGAUGACCUUAUUGACCUGAGAAAGGCAGUUAGCCGAUGACCUUAUUGACCUGAGAAAGGCAGUUAGCCGAUGACCUUAUUGACCUGAGAAAGACAGUUAGCCGAUGACCUUAUUGACCUGAGAAAGACAGUUAGCCGAUGACCUUAUUGACCUGAGAAAGGCAGUUAGCCGAUGACCUUAUUGACCUGAGAAAGACAGUUAGCCGAUGACCUUAUUGACCUGAGAAAGACAGUUAGCCGAUGAACUUAUUGACCUGAGAAAGACAGUUAGCUGAUGAACGUAUUGACCUGAGAAAGACAGUUAGCUGAUGACCUUAUUGACCUGAGAAAGACAGUUAGCCGAUGACCUUAUUGACCUGAGAAAGACAGUUAGCCGAUGACCUUAUUGACCUGAGAAAGGCAGUUAGCCGAUGACCUUAUUGACCUGAGAAAGACAGUUAGCCGAUGACCUUAUUGACCUGAGAAAGACAGUUAGCCGAUGAACGUAUUGACCUGAGAAAGACAGUUAGCCGAUGAACGUAUUGACCUGAGAAAGACAGUUAGCCGAUGACCUUAUUGACCUGAGAAAGACAGUUAGCCGAUGAACUUAUUGACCUGAGAAAGACAGUUAGCUGAUGAACGUAUUGACCUGAGAAAGACAGUUAGCUGAUGAACGUAUUGACCGGAGAAAGACAGUUAGCUGAUGACCUUAUUGACCGGAGAAAGACAGUUAGCCGAUGAACUUAUUGACCGGAGAAAGAUGUUAUAAUGUUGCUUCUGCUCAUCUGAUUGACAUCUGUCAGUCGUUAGAGAGAUAGUCCAUGGUGAUACCAGUGUAACAUAGACGUCCUGCAGUGGAAAGAAACUACCUGUUGUUAGUUAAGCUCGAUUCUUUAAUACAAAAUGCCUUUUGUCAGUUUUUCUAGUCCAUGUCUGAAUUUAUUAAAAUGUUCUGUGGUAAA